AGCCCGCUGAUAACAAUGUACAUACACAUACAUAUAUAUACAUGUGUAUGUUAGCUCAGCGCGCAAUCGCCAACCGAUAGUGUCGUUGACGUGUCGAUUAUUUAAUAUUCUAAAUCAUUUAUAAUUCAAAUUAUUAGUUGCAAUUAACCAAAAAAUAUAAAAAAUACAAUGUUUUUUAACAUCUAAAUUGUUAUAUUAAAAAUUCUAUAACAUUUCUACUCAGCAUGAUUGAUUGGAUUCUUAUAAACUCAAGAUGAUAAUAAUGUGGGAACAAUAUAACAGAAUGUGUUUUGUGGUGAUUUACAAAUACCUUAUUAAAGAAAAUGAGCCAUGCAGAGUUCAGCACUGAAAGAAAAAGUGAAAUUCGUUAUAGAAAAAAAGACGAAAAACAUAUUCUAUCAGAGAUGGUGGGUUUUGAGCAUGUAGAAUCUCUCAACAAGGCUUUAGCCGAUGUAUCAACAGAGUUAACAGUUUAUUCAGAAGCCAGUGAUACAGAAGAUGAUACCAGUUGUCUUAUUUCUUCAUCAGUACCACGUGUAUCUUUUGAAGAAUCUAAGAAAAAUGGGCAAAAAAUUAAACGUGUUGAAAUGGAAGAGGACAGCGAAAAUGUUUGGACUAUCGCAGUCCAAAUGUUUAUUCCUUUUUUACUGGCUGGCUUUGGAAUGGUCGCAGCAAGUUUAUUGCUCGACGUCGUCCAACACUGGCCAGUUUUUCAAUAUGUUUCUGAAGUCUACAUUUUAGUACCAGCUUUAUUAGGAUUAAAAGGAAAUUUAGAAAUGACACUUGCUUCUAGAUUAUCUACUCAAGCAAAUCUUGGGCAUAUGGACACAAGAAAUCAGCAGUGGACAUUAAUUAUUGGAAAUUUAGCUCUCAUUCAGUGUCAAGCAAUGGUAGUUGGAUUAUUGGCUUCUUUAGCAGCUGUGAUUCUUGGUUGGAUACCUGAAGCACAAUUUGACAUUAAUCAUGCCCUUCUUUUAUGUGCCAGUUCUCUUAUCACAGCGUCUGUAGCCAGCUUUUUGCUAGGUCUCGUUAUGGUUGCUGUUAUCCUCUUUUCUAAACGAAUGAACAUUAAUCCUGACAAUGUUGCUACACCAAUAGCUGCAUCUCUUGGAGAUUUAACAACUCUAGCAUUGCUUUCUUGGAUUUCAUCACUUCUCUAUAAUGCCAUUGGCAAUCAGCCAUGGAUAGCACCGACUCUGAUAACUGGUUGCCUUCUUGUAACGCCUGUAUGGGGUUACAUUGCCGCGAAAAAUCCUUUCACAAGGGAAGUCCUCGAUUAUGGUUGGAGUCCUGUGAUAUCUGCAAUGCUUAUUAGUAGCAUCGGAGGGUUAAUUUUAGACUAUACUGUAUUAACCUAUACAGGAAUAGCUGUUUUCCAAUUGGUUAUAAAUGGAGUUGGAGGGAAUUUAGUUGCUGUUCAAGCGAGUCGAAUUUCCACUGCUCUUCAUAAAGAACAGAAUAGUGGAACUUCAAAGCCUCCUAAAAUAUGCAUCAGUCCUUUUCAUGCAUUUCUAGCUCCUGGUGGUCAUGCACGAACAGCCAGGGUUUUGUUGAUGAUGGUGAUCCCAGGACAUUUAAUUUUUAGCUACACCAUCAGUUAUCUUCGAGCCGGCCAUACUUCUUUUACUGCCAUAUUCAUUAUUAUAUAUUUAUGUGCUGCACUUUUGCAGGUUGUUUUAUUAUUGUACAUUGCCCAACUGAUGGUAGUGUGGAUGUGGACUCGUGGCAUGGAUCCCGACAGUUCAGCAAUUCCUUAUUUAACUGCUGCUGGAGAUCUUUUGGGAACUGCUCUUUUAGGUAUCGCUUUCCAUAUUCUUUACGCUAUUGGUGAUGGAGAUUCAGAUGUUGGUGAUUAAUCUACAAGUAAGUUUAUUGGUUUUUUAUGUUAUUUCAUACUAUACUGAACCAUGUUCAGAUUUUAAAAUCUUGAUAAAAUUAUGUAGAAUUUGACAAUCAGAUGAAAAGUUUAAAUAUGAAUUUUAUUUUUUUUUAUUAUUAUAUAACUUAAAAAUAUAAUUGUUUAAUUUUGAAGUAUAAUGAAAAUUAAUUAAAAAAUUUUCAUCAAUUUAUAAGCUCUAACUAGUUAAGAGGAAUAGAUUUUUACAGUCUAAUAUUCUUAUGUGAUCAGAAAUUAAAUUUAAGAAUAAAUAAAAUUAUUUUUCCAGUAUUUUUAAUUUUUGUUCAGGAUAGUAAAAUAAUUUUCGAUAUUAUUGUUAUCGAUAAAAAUUCAGGCUCAAAACAUUUUGUACCUGAAAUAUCAUUAAUAUGUAGUCAUUAGAGAUGUAAUUAUUUCAUUGGGACCUAAAGAAAAACUUACAGAAAGCCUAAAAUUCAAAUUUGAUAAAAAAAAUAUUGGUUUUAGAUUUUAUAUAAAUAUGUAUACAUAUAUAUUUUUUUAAAUCAUUUGAACAGUAUUUAUGUUCAGUAGUAUGAAUAUUCAUUAAUUCGAUGAUAUCAAAGUUAAGUAAAAAUGUUAUAGCAUUAUUUAAAGAUAUUAAAUCAGAAUUUAAGUUGUUUAUAUAUUAUCAAUCUAUGGUGCUAAAACAUUGAAAGUGAGUUCCAAAAAUCAGAAGUAAUUAUCAUUAGAAAAAAACUUCUUAAAUAAUUACAGCAAUAUUAAUGCUGAAAAUAAUUACUAUAAUAAUGAUACUUAAAUUUUAUAUUAUGUAAAAUAAGAAACUGAUCAACGGUAAAAUUAGCUUUAAGUCACCGUUCUACACAUAAUCAAAGUGUGAUAAUCACACUAUAUGCCAUUUAAAUAAUAUAAAAAGGACAAUGCAUUUGAUUUGUAAAAAGAUACUGUCUUUUAUUAUAUAUAUAUAUAUAUAUAUAUAUAUAUAUAAAAUAGAUUUUCUAAAAAUUUUUAAUCUGAUGCAAUGAAGAACUUCGAAACUAGAUUAAUUAAUUUUAAUAACAUCAAAAAAACUAUUCAAAUGUAUUAUAAUUAAUAUUGCGCACGCUGUAUAUAUAAUAUCGAGCUUAUAAAAAAUAGUCCUUGUUUAUAAAACACUGGACAUUACUGUGAUUCUCCAUUUUAUACCAUUUAUUUAGGCCAGUAUUUAAAGUUAUCUAAGUUUAUAAACUUAUUGCUAAUCAUGUACUUUAUAUUGAAAUAAAAAAAAUAUUCAUAUAAUAUUUGUAGAAUAGUUUAUGUGUAAUUAUUUAGUAAAUAGGUGUAAAAAUUAAUGUAAAACGAAGCACAGGUGAGGUUUAUUUUGAGGAAUCAUAUUUAGUAAAUAU